CUGGUGAUUCUGAAGACGGCCCAGUCAUCAUGGCUCAUGCUGCUAUUUAUGUGGGUUUUACUGUUUCUCAGUUACUGAGAGGUGCUGGCAGAAUUUUUCCCACUCAUUCUUCAUUGGUGGUGUUGAGGCACUCUGCUUUUUGUUCCUGCACAGUGAACAGCACAAUAAAAUCAAAGAGGAAAAUGGAUCAUCUGGAGAGGACGGCAAAUAAUUUUCGCCAUGAGGUAAUUUCACAAGCAAAAGUGUGUGGAAUCACCAAUGAAUCAGAGACAGUCAAAAGACUUCGUUUGGCUAUGGCAAAUAAAGAUUUUACUUUCAAAGCAGGACAGUGGGUUGAUUUCUUUAUUCCUGGAGUAUCUGUGGUUGGGGGAUUCUCAAUAUGUUCAAGCCCUGGCCUAUUGGAACGAGAAGGAAUAUUAGAGUUGGCAGUAAAGCACACUCUUCAUCCUCCUGCUCACUGGGUUCACACUGAGUGUACUCUUGACUCAGAAGUGGCUCUGCGAGUGGGAGGUGAUUUCUUCUUUGAUCCUCAGCCUGGUGACUCCCCUGUAAAACUAGUGCUGAUAGCAGGGGGUGUUGGAAUUAACCCAUUGUUUUCUAUACUGCUGCAUAUAGCAGAUCUUCAUGGAUACCAAGAGGGUAAAGGAAAUGGAUACAAAAUGGGAACAGUGAAGCUGUACUACAGUGCAAAAAAUACAAGCGAACUCUUAUUUAAGAAAAAUAUUCUUGGUUUGAUGAAUGCAUUUCCUGGCAAAAUCACAUGUCAUUUCCACGUUACCCAACAGAGGUCACACAUCUGUAAAGAACUUCAGCCACAUGUUACAGAGGGAAGAAUAUCUGCAAAGGAUCUAGAAAAACACGUAUCUAAGGAUACUUUAUGGUACAUCUGUGGUCCACCUCCAAUGAUAGAAUCUGUAUCCAAACUACUAUCUAACAUGGGUGUUCCCAGAAACUGUGUUUUCUUUGAGAAAUGGUGGUAGUGACACCUACUGAACAGAAAAUAUAUUAUUGUUUUCCAGUGUAUUUUGAUAAGCUGAAAUGUACAGAAAAUGAAUAUGAAUUAUUUGGAAGAUUUUACUUCAUACAUGAAGAUGUCCUCAAUUGUGAUGGUGUUCCUUUUAAUUUAACUGUAAUACAUUUGCAAUACAGCGCUGCUGCUUUUGGGGAAAAGAUUUUAUAUUAAAGACAUUAACUGUU